UAUAACAGCAGUUAGUAGAAACCUCUCAUAAAUUGUUUACUUCGAUCUCGACUUGUAUUAAUAUAAUUAUGUUCUUUUGUAUAUAAUAGUCGUCAUUAACAUAUUUUAUGCAAAGUAAUAAUGCCAUUUAUCAAUAAUGCCUAUUGUAAAAAUUGAAAGAGUUGUCAGUGUUUCUAGUGAAGAUAAGAACCAUGAAGCUUCCAACCUACUCCAGAGAGACUUCAGUAAUAAGAAAUGGAAAUGCAAGACUCCAGGCGAGAAGAACAUAAGUGUGAUCCUUCAACUGGAAAAGGCAUGUAAAAUCGUUGCGGUAGACGUUGGAAAUGAAAAUUCAGCAUUCAUUGAAAUACUUGUCGGUCAUUCGGCUGAACCGGACACUCUUAAGCCCCUUCUUGUCACCUCGUCCCUCAUGACUCUCCAGGAGGGAAAAAAUGGAGACAACACCAACGGUGUCAAAUUUUUUAAAUCUGAAUCGUUUUGCGAAUCCGUCAAAGAUGAGAAAUGGGAUAGGGUCAAGCUGGUCUGUACGCAGCCGUACAACAAAUAUUCUCAGUUUGGUCUCUCUUUUGUCACUUUCCACAGUGAUGAACAUGAUUUGCCGGCUUGUAAUUUUGGCAAGUUCCAGCUCAAGGUGGAGAAACAGAAACAACCGCUUUUGCAGGCUGGUGGCCUAUUCGCUCAAAGAAAGGAGCUGAAUGAACUCACAGGUGCUGCCGCAGUUCAUGCAGCUAAUAGGAAUAUUGGUGAUAUUAAGCUGCCUUCAUCUAUAAAAAACAAGUUUGUUGUUGUCAAUCCUGUCACAACGGAUGAUGUUGAUGAACAAACUGAAGAGGUCAACUCAACUACCAAACAGAAGAAACAAAAGACUCCUAAGGUUAAGAAAAAUUCUGAAAAAAGAAAUGCAUCACCUGCAAGUUCAACACCUACAAGCUCUGUUAAAAAGAGAAAAACUAACGACCAAAGCCCAAACUCGAAAGUUGUUGCACCAAAGCCAGUAAAGAAAUGUGCUGAAAAAUCUUUCAAUAAAUUCUUCGAAAAUGUUGUUUUCGUCAUCAGCGGUUUUCAAAACCCAUUGAGGAGUGAUAUAAGAAGUAAAGGUUUAGCUAUGGGAGCAAAAUACAAAGCUGACUGGGACGCAUCUUGUACUCAUUUAAUUUGUGCGUUUGCCAAUACUCCAAAAUUCAACCAAGUGAGAAACAAAGGGAAAAUAGUAAAAAAAGAAUGGUUCGAGGACAGUUAUGCAAAGCGAAUUGCUUUACCUUGGAGAAGGUAUGCACUUGAUCCUAAUGAUUUACAUCAGAAAGAAAGCGAUGAGGAAAUUUAUGAAAAGGUAGACAAGCCAAAGAGAAUUGAUAAUCGUAGGCGGAUUUACGACACUGACUCUGAGGACACGGAGGAUGAACUCGAGCAAGUGCGGCAGGCCCAGAAAAAGAAAAACCGGACAUCCGUUGAAAAAAUUCAACCCCAGCCCACUUCCCCAGAAAAUGUCGCAGGCCCAUCUAGAGCACCUGUCCCACCAGCCAGAAACGAUGAUGUCUAUAAUGCGGAUACAGAAGAGGAAGAGUUUGGUAUGAUAGAAAAUAGCAGUGAUUCUGAGGAAAACCUUCCACAUCUCCAUAGAUUUUUCCAGUGUAUGACCUUUCUACUCCUUGAUGAUGUAGAAGAAAAAGAAAGAGAAAAACUUCAAAGAUACAUUGUAGCACAUGAUGGCGUUGUCGCGAACGAUAAUACUGAUUUAAAUACGGUCAAGUAUGUCAUAUCAGAGGACGUCGAUGCUGUCGCCAUGGUGAAAUCAGAUUAUCCAGAUGUGAUUGGUGUGAGACCUGAGUGGAUAUGGGAGUCACAUGACAACAAUAGAGCACUGCCUUAUACGGACUUCGAGAUAUAGAUGUUACUGGAGAUUUUCUUUGUUUAAUCAACAGUUUGUUUCUGGCCAUUAACAUUGUUUGAAAAUGAAAAGGCUAAAUAUUAUGUAAAAAUUGUCCUAACUGAAAUAAUGUGACAAAUUAGUCAUUUUUUCUGUUAUUAAUUAAAGAAACUGUGUCUUGCGAACUUUGAGAUAGAGCUUUUACUCGAGGUUUUCAUUGUUUGAUCAACAGUUUUUUCUGCUCUAUUCUUUGCAAAUGAUAAAUAUUACAUAAAACUGCCCUAAUAAUACAAUCAUUUAAAAAAAAAGUUUGCAUUAUAUUUUAAUAAUGUGACAAAUUAGUCAUUUUUCUGUUGUAAAUUAAACCAGUAAUUUCACGGCGGUUGAAGAUUGUAUGCCAUUUCAUAAAUGGAAAUGUUGAUUGUGUACAAAUAAACUUAACACAUUUUAUUUAUAUAUAUAUUUUUACAUAAAUUUUGUUUCAUAAGGAAUCCUAUGUUUUAAUACACUGUCUGUUACAAUUAAACAGUCACAACAUCCAACUUUUUUUCUUAUUUUUUACAUUCUACUCUGCUUCUUGACAAUUGACUAGGGAACAUUUUGCAACUCUAAUGUUUUUUUCUUUACAAUUAUCCACUGUCAGAGUGGACGACGACGAUUUUCUCCUCUUCGACUUCAAUUUUAAGAAAACUGGCCUCUGUUUUACGACGUGACAUUUCGUUCUCAAAACGUUUUCUUUUUGUCUCCGACAAAUUUGAGAUUUUUGCUAUCAGAGCAGUCUGUUCGUUAAAAAAAUAAUAUACACCACAUAUUACAUCCAGUUCGACAAAUAUACAAUUUUUUUUCUUCUUUUGUUUCGAUUGUUUUUUCCAUUGUGUUAUUCGUUGGCAAACAAAUUUACUGGCAUUGAGUGCUGUACAUGUUAGUAAAAUAUAAUAAUAAUAAUUUUAAAAAAAUUUACUAUAAUAUUAAAAGUGAACACAGGGAUAUUAUAUACUAAAUUCUAUAAAACUCAUAAAGCACAAUAUGUCCUAAAUAUUUUUACAUCAACUUUUUAAUUUUGUUUGAUUUGAUCAUUUAUCCCACUAAUGGAGCCACAUUUUUUUUGUGGAGUAUUUCGUAAUCUGAUUAAACAUUUUUUCAUAUUUGUAGCACAUUCGAAACAAUACAAAUUUUUUUUGUCAACAUUACUUGGUAACUAUAUGAUUAAUAAUCCUUAUAGAAAAUUAUACGAUUUGAUAUUUCUUGCAUUUUCCUGACAAGUUUCCGUACUGUAACAAGUGCACCAAGGAGUAACCCUAUUCCCUUUGGAAGUGGUUUAUGUACUGUAGAUAUGAUUAAAUCUUGUACACGCACACACCUAUAUAUUUAUAUAAACAUAUAUAUUAUAUGUACAUAUAUCUGUGUGUUUUUAUCACAUAACACUAUACACAUAACAAAUAGAAAUUAGAACGGGCAGGGAUUUGGAAAAGUCAAAGGCAUCAUGGAUCUUGGGGUGGCAAGCUGCUUCUUCACUUUAGAUCAGACAAUUUGACAGUUAAAAAUGAAUAUGAGCAAACUUAAUUUACUUUUUUUUCACAUAAUGCGUACUGCAUUAUUGACAUUAACAGGUAGUAGUGAAGAAGAACUUUAAACAUUUCAGGGUUUGUUUUUUUCAAGUGUUGUUUUCUUUUACAAUUAGACAAUUUUUUUUUGUUGAGUAAGGAUCGGUGUCGAUGACACAUUUUGU